UUCAGUUUCAAGAUGGCGGACGAGACAUGAUUUCAUAAAAUGACAAAAAAUUAAUAUAAAUACUGUAACUAGUGCAUGUGCUAAUGUCAAAAGAUAAUGUAUUAAAACCUUCUAGCACUAAAAAUGUUGAGAUAAAAUUGGACAUUUUGCAUAACGACGAGCUGCAGAGUGAAUUAAGAACUUUGAAAGAACUAUUUGAAGCGUCGUACGGCCCCACAGGACGUACGAGCCUCAUUCAACAUCACACUGGGGGUCAUGUGACAGUUACAUCAAGUGCCAGUCAGAUAUUGAAGAACAUUACAACAGUAUCAACCCCCCUAACUAGGCUGCUUCUGCAAGCCGUGCAGGGACAUCUUAACCAAUUCAAUGAUGGAGGACUGUUUACCGCAUUUUUGGCACUGCAAUUAAUCGACUCAUCCAUAACGUCAGGAUUAGCGAGACACACAGCCAUUGCAAUAAAUGAACUUGCUCUCACUACAAUCCUUAAAAAACUCGAGAAUUCACACCCGUUUAUAAAACUCCCAGCAGAUCUGGGAAAUAUGGACCAAAUGCUUUGUGUUAUAAGAAGCAUUCUAGCAACAAAACCUGCGUCUGGUUUGAGCACAAACGAAAUUCAGUCUCUGGCAGUUUUGCUGUUACGGGGAUUUUUAAGUUGUGUACCCACAGCUGAUGGCAAGACAGUUUCUCUUGAUAAUUUGAGGAUUCAAGGCUGUGAAGGACCACCGUGCAGCGAGUCAUGUUUGAAAAAAGGAAUACUGUUGGAAGCAAAAUGCCCCCCUAUCACCGAGAGUAGUGAAAGCAAGGAUGACAUUAAAGUGGCGUUAUUUGAUUGUUCUCUUGCGGGAAAUGUCGAGGACAGAUGGUUGGACGGAGCAAAGACAGAACUUUCAAGCAAUGUAGUGACUAUAGAAGAUAACGUUUUGACGCUAAUGAAGAUGAUGGUGGAUGAUUUGGUCAAACAUGGAGUGAAACUUAUUGCAUGUCAAAAAGUCAUCCACCCAACACUUCAACAGCAUAUAACAAGAAAGGGAGUUCAUGUUAUCGAGAGGUUGUCAAUAGACUACAUUGACGCUGUGCAAAAAUUAACUGGAGCUAGAUUAUUUAGUUCUUUUCAAUGUGACAUGAGUGCAGAAGGCUUUGGGUCACUUGCAGAGGUCAAAUCUCUAGUUCUUCAUAAGAGAAGAUUCGUUCAUCUUAUUCCACAUUCCAGCUUAAAGCACGAUAUAUCUACUCUUCUAUUAUGUGGGCCUGAUGAACACAGUCUGGACGAACUGAAGAUACUUUGCUGUGCCGUUUUUCAGUCCUUGAAACAACUAGUUUAUAACCCAUUUCUUGUUCCUGGUGGAGGAUGCUUUGAGACAAUGAUUGCUGGUUUGUUGAUGCAAGCCGCUGCUGAAUUUGAUAGCUCGAAGGAAGUGGACUGCUCCAAAUACCAGUUUUCAAAAGGUCUUCACUCAGUUGCGUCAACCUUUUUCCACAUUGCCAGAACACUUGACCAUGAUGGCAAUAAUCAUCUUGUCGACAGAACCACAUUCCACCAUUGGGUCACACCACCACUGGCUACCGUUGACACUACUACACUUCGCAAGUGUCUGUGUGGACUGGUGACUAGUACCCAGGAUAUGGAGUGGAACAUGACUGAAGAACUGCGAGAUUUAUCACAGGAUUUAUCAAGGGGAACAUAUAUAUGCAGAUCAUUGAUGGAUGAUGUGAAGAACUAUAAGCAUGCUGUACUUGAUGUAAUGAGCAUGAAAGCGAAUGCAAUGAUGACUGCCUUUGAAACGGCAAACACCAUAUUGAGAAUUAAACACUUCAUUAAGGAAACUUUUGAAUAAAUGGAAUAAAAAAUUAUAAUUACUUUGUUUGCAUAUGCAUUAAAAU